AAUCCGCAGCUUCAGAGUUUGUCACAUGAUGUUGUUGUCUGGUCACGUGACCUCAUCGGAAGUUGCCUGUGCUGCUCGCGAGCGGUCACUUGUAAACAUGCGGUAACUGGAGAGGAACCCUUCAAUUAACCACUGAGGGCCAAACCAAGCCUGUUGAACAGAUUCGGGUCCUGUUGUACUGUGAGUUAAACUGGGAUUUUAAUGCCGACGGCUUUUACGCGGGAUUUUAAAUCGCUGACAUGGCCGAGGUGGACGCGAAUAAAGGCAGUCACGUUUCCUCCGAAGAGGAUAGGAUGCUGUUUCCGGUGACAGGCUGUGGUAUGAAUGACUGCAGGGAUGAGUAUAGCAACCCAAGACCAUCCCCAGUUGCAGGUGGCUGGAUAGGUGCUGACCAAGAAGAGGAAGCAUUGCGCAGGAAGUUAAAAUAUUUCUUCAUGAGUCCCUGUGAAAAGUACCAAGCCAAAGGCCGAAAACCUUUUAAAUUGGUUUUGCAAAUACUGAAGAUUCUUAUAGUAACUAUACAGCUGGUACUUUUUGGCUUAAGCAAUGAGAUGGCGGUGACGUUUAAGGAGGAAAACACAGCCUCGUUUAAACACCUUUUUCUCAAAGACUAUGAUGAUUCAAAUGAUGCACUUGCUGUUUACACACAGAGUGAUGUUUAUGACCACAUGUUUUACGCAAUAGAACAGUACCUGGCUUUGCCAGAGAAUACCGUGGGCCGUUAUGCGUAUGUGUAUAAUGUCGGUGUGAAUGGAAGUGCGCUUUCUCUGUGUCAGCAGUAUUAUAAAAAAGGCAGGAUUGAUCCAGCUAACGACACCUUCAACAUUGAUCCGCAUGUGGUUACAGACUGUAUCGGAGUGAACCCUUUGUCCACUCCCACACCAGGUCUGGGCCUUGAUUACAGGAACUUCACCCUCAAGUUUCACAAGCUCAUUAAUGUCACCAUACAGUUCCAGUUGAAGGCUAUAAAUCUCCAGACCAUCAUCCACAAUGAAAUUCCUGACUGUUACACUUUCUUCAUUACGAUUCUGCUGGAUAACAAGGCCCACAGUGGUAAAGUUAAGAUCAGUCUUGAUAAUCAGGCCUCCAUUAAGGAGUGUAAAGACCCAAGUGUGUCUGGACCCGCUGAUAGUUAUGCCCGUGUGUGGUUUGACGGGGUCGUUUUAAUGGUGUGUACUUGCUCUCUGCUCCUCUGUGGUCGCUCUAUAAUCAAAGGAAUAAUUCUUCAAAAUGAGUUUGUGAAGUACUUUAAGACCUCUCUGAAGCGUGAUGUUUGUUGGGGAGACAGAAUGGAGUUUAUUAACGGAUGGUAUAUUCUGCUCAUCAUUAGCGAUGUGCUAACUAUCACAGGCUCCUUCAUCAAGAUCAGCAUUGAGCUAAAGAAAUUCUCAUCCUACGAUGAGUGCGGGAUCCUCUUGGGCACCUCAACGUUAUUGGUUUGGGUUGGAGUUAUUCGCUACCUCACCUUUUUUAAGAAGUACAAUAUUCUCAUCGUCACUUUACAAGCUGCAUUCCCUAAUGUGAUCCGUUUCUGUUGCUGUGUGGCGGUGAUCUACCUUGGUUAUUGCUUCUGUGGGUGGAUUGUGCUGGGACCCUACCAUGUUAAGUUCCGCUCUCUCUCUCUGGUGUCUGAGUGUCUUUUCUCUCUGAUCAAUGGAGAUGACAUGUUUGUGACCUUCAGCGGCAUGCAAGAGAGCAGCAUGCUUGUCUGGGUCUUCAGUCAGGUUUACCUUUACACGUUCAUCUCUCUGUUCAUUUACAUGGUGCUCUCGCUCUUUAUCGCUCUUAUCACUGGAGCUUAUGAGACCAUCAAGCAUCAAAUUCAGGAGCCUGUCCAUAUGACUGAUCUGCACGUGUUCAUCGCUGAGUGCACUGACACACCCUGCUCUGGAAAGUUCCGCGGGAUCGAGACCUCGCCGUGCUCUGUCUUCUGCUGCUUUGACAGAACCACCACAUAUGAGGAUGUGCACCUCAUCAACUAGUACAAUCAUGGGACUUGAUGCCUGAAGAUCCCUCUGCUGGUCACCUUGCAGUAGUGCAACAGGAAGGAAGCCAGUAGCUCCAGACAAAAUACCCAAGAAGUCACAGUCGCUUCACUUUGGACCUUAAGUGGAGAAGAGCAUAAAUUAUUUUAACAGAAGAAUUGCUCCAGUCUGUGAAAAUUUAAGUUUUACCUCAAAUUGAUUUUAGUUUUAACUUUAUUCUGAAGGUUGCUAAACGCAGCCCAGUACUGUCUCUGUCUGUACUGAUACACUAAGAAGGUUUGAACUGAGACAGUAUUAGACAGAUAACAAACUGCACAAGUGCAAGCGAUAUGUACAACAAUCAUUCCCUGAAUGUUGAUCCCACAUGUUCGUUCAGUGCACGUGCUGUGGUGUGCAAGUGGGUCAUCAGUGACCAAUACUGGGAGACAUAGUGGUCAGUCAUCCUAUUGGUGUUCAUAAUGUUGGAUAGUUUUUUAUGUCUUUGAGUAACGUUUAGUCAUGUGCAACAUCUGCACCAGAAGAAGGCUGAACUGGCAGGCCUAAGCUUUAACAGAUGUAAAACUCUGCUGCAAAAAAAAAAGAGACCAUGUGAUUAAACAUAAUCAAAAAAAGUAGUCUCUUAUUCAGCACUUAGAGCAGAAACCACAAUCCCUGGUGUCUUGAUAUCAUCUCCACUUAUCCAUAACAAAAAUACAUGCUCUGCUAGUAUGAAUUCACACCCAGAAUGCCUCAGAAACUUAGCCUUAACACUUCCUGGUGUGUAGAGCUGGCUGUAAUUUGGAAUGUAAUACCUCAUUUUUGAAGAGGAUGACUUUCAGUUGCUUUUUGUAUUUUUCUGAGCUUUUGGUACACAAGUUUACUAGUAAUGAUACCUCCAUAAUUUGAUUCCAUACUGAUUUAUUGUUUAAUAUGAAUCAAAUCUGAAUCAAAUCACUCGCUUUGCAUACCAUAAGUCAGUCUUAUUUUAUAAAUUAUAUUGGACCUUAACCUUGAUGAUCUAGUGUUUUCUGGAAAAUACAACCACCCUUCAUCAGCUUUGUUUUAAAACAGAGGCCUUCAAGAACACCAUUGUAAGAUUACUUGCACAGUGUUCUGUUACCAUGGUGACAUAUUAGAACAGUAGAACUCAUCAAAAAUGCUUGACCCAUGCAUGACUCUCACUUAAGAGGACUAACAAGCCUAAAUACAUUAUCUUCUCCAUUAUACCUGACUGAAAAGUGAAGGAAGCCAUUAAUUCAAGUGCACAAUAAGUGGGACCUAUCAUAUUAUUAUGAUGUCAGUGAACUGCUUUUUGGUCAAAUUACAUGAUUAGAUUUUCCUUUUAAUACGUCUGUAUUAUUUUAAUGUGUAAUUCAAUCUUGUUGUAAUGUAGUGUUUUAUUUAUGUUGUGUUGGCUCUGUUGUCUUUCUGCUUCAAAUGAAUUUAAAGCGCACAAUCUGCAAACAGACCACACUUUCUGUUACUAACAUGUGAAGCUACACAGUGAUGUUGUUCAGAAGUCACAUCACAUCAUAUGUUGUCAGAUGUGUACCUGAAAUAUUUCAGAUUUUAUUUUAGCCUGAUAAUUGUCUUUUUAAAUGUUUAGUAAUGGACAACUUGUGCAAAUACCUUGCUGAUCAAUGCAACACAAACAGCAUGUAGAUAAAGUGAUGUAGAAGAAUGUACUUUAAAAAGGAUUUUUCUUUUGUUUUAAACAUUUGUACAAGUGUCAUUGCACAUUUUUCCCCCUAAACUUUGGUCUUGACAGGGUCUUUUUUUUUAUGUACACAUGUAUUGUUCAAUACAGAGAUUUUCUAAA